AUGUUCGCAGCUAGUGCCUUCAAAGAGGCGCCAUAUGCGUUCUUCAACCUCGCCGUUUUCCUUGGGUUCAUGGGACUCUAUAUUCCCUUUUACUACAUUACAUCUUAUGGAGUCCGUGUUUGGCAUGAAUGGACGUUUGCGGGCCCCCUAUUUGACCUUGGCUACUACCGCUACCUGCUUUUGAUUGGGCUUAUCCUGAGCGUGCUUGGCAUCAUGAUGACAAGCAUUGCAUCCAAAUACUGGGAGAUCAUGCUCGCACAAGCCGUAUGCCUCGGUUUGGGAGCACUCUUUGUCGGUUUCUUAACCCUCUAUGUGCCCUUCUAUUACAUUUCAUCGUACGGCAUUACGAAAAUUGGAAUGUCGUCCCAACUGGGCUUUUACCUGGUUCCCAUCUUGAAUGCAGGCAGUGUAUUUGGCCGACUCGCUCCCAACUAUUUUGCCGACAAGAUCGGCCCUCUUAACAUCCUGAUCCCCUUCACUAGCUUCUGCAUGAUCCUAGCAUUUGCUUGGAUGGGCAUUUUCAACACCCCUGGAAUCAUUGUAUUUGCCGUACUGUACGGAAUGACGUCGGGGACAUAUCGCCACAUUGCCGCGCAGCAGAUGCGUGGAACGGCACUGCAGGGAGCCAAGAUCGAGCCCUACCACCAGCAUGUUCCUAUUGUGGAAGGCAAGGAGCCCGUUGAGGACUUUGAGGGCAACUAUGUAUUUGCCGAUAUCAAAGAGUCUCACACGAGCCGUGCUAUGACUAGUCGCUACUACAAGGACAUGAUGGAUGCUGCUGUCUCUGAUGUAGUGAUCAUCGGUGCUGGCAGUGCCGGUCUGACUUGUGCCUACACACUUGCCAAGCGCCGUCCCGACCUUCGUAUCACGAUUCUCGAGGCGAGCGUUGCCCCCGGCGGCGGUGCCUGGCUCGGUGGACAGCUCCAGUCGGCCAUGGUAAUCCGCAAGCCUGCGCACAACCUGCUGGAGGAGAUCGGAGUGCCUUUCGAUGACGAAGGUGCUUAUGUCGUCGUCAAGCAUGCUGCUCUGUUUACUUCGACUAUCAUGUCGAAACUACUUGCGCUGCCCAACGUCAAGCUCUUCAACGCUACUUGUGUGGAGGACCUGAUUGUGAAGAAGGACAGCACGGGCAUGCAGCGCAUCAAUGGCGUGGUGACCAACUACACUCUGGUCAGCAUGGCACAUGGCCUGCAGAGCUGCAUGGACCCUCAGACCAUCACCGCGCCCGUGAUUUGCUCUUUUGCUGGUCACGAUGGUCCGUUCGGUGCCUUCACGGUCAAGCGCCUCGAGAGCGCCGGCCUGGUCAAGCUGGGCGACAUGCACCCGAUGGACAUGAACAAGUCCGAGUCGCUCAUCGUGAACAACACGCGCGAGAUCUUCCCUGGUGCCAUUGUGGGCGGCAUGGAACUUAGCGAGCUCGAUGGUCACCCCCGCAUGGGUGCGUCGUUCGGCGGUAUGCUUGGUAGCGGGCAGAAGGCGGCUCUGGAGGCCAUCAAGGUGUUUGACCGCCUUGAGGUGGAGGACGGUGAAGUGAUUUGCGAGCGCACUUAA